UUGUGUUCUUGGCGCUAGGGUUUUCAUUCGUGCCUGUGGCUGUGUGAUCGAUCGCGAGGCGCAGGGAUGGAGCGCGAUGGCGGUAGCGGCGGCAAGGUCCGCGCGAGCCACUUGCUGGUGAAGCAUCAGGGAUCGCGGCGCCCGGCGUCGUGGCGCGAUCCCGAGGGCCUGGUGAUCCAGAACACGACGCACGAGCAGGCGGUCGCCAAGCUCGAGCACAUCCGCGACGAAAUUCUCAGCGGCCGCGCCAAAUUCAGCGAUCUUGCGACGCAGCUCUCGGAUUGCUCGUCGGCCAAGCGUGGCGGCGAUCUCGGAUGGUUUGGUCGAGGGCAGAUGCAAAAAUCUUUCGAGGAGGCCACGUAUAGUCUCAAGGUGGGAGAAUUGAGCGGCAUUGUCGACUCUGACAGUGGAGCUCACAUUAUCCUUAGAACAGGCUAGGGUGGGCUCAUAUCCUUUUAAGCUGCCUGGCAUGGUAUGGUGUGUGUGCCUGGUUCCUAUGUAUUGUCUAUGCUGCAGCGUUGCCUUGGCUGUGGUCUUCUCGCAUCAAUGAAAUCCUUGGAAAAUACUA